UUAACUUUUUAACGGUGGCGGCACUAUCUGUUUUGGUCUAGCCUGAAAGUCCCAAAAAACCUAACUAUCCUUUCUUUUGUAGUGUAGAGAUCCAUUAACGAACUGCACUUGGCUCGGAGGAUCUCAACCAGAAAAGGAAAGGCCCCAACUUCUUGCCUCAAACAGCGCGCUUGAGUUACUACUAGGACUAAUUCUCUUGUUUUUAGGGAUGAAACUCAACGCUCUAAUGCAACAGCAGCAGCAACAGCUGCAGGAGCCUCAGCCGGUAGGUAUCCAGAAUUCGAACCAGGUUUCACCAGCGGAUGCGCCGCCGAAGCAGGUGGCAAUGGCGAUGGAUAGACUGGCCCAAGCAGCUCGCCUCAUUGCUGACGUGAGGCUCGGCGCUGACCGCAUCCUCGAAGCACUUUUCAUCACGGCGCAGCCUCAUCAGAGCAACAAGCCCUUGCAAUUGUUCCGCAAAGAAGACACUGCCAUGCGGCAACACCUUGAAGAACUACGUUCCGUUGGAAGGCAGCUAGAAGAAUCUGGGGUUCUCAAUGAUUCUCUAAGAUCACGAAGCAAUUCUUGGGGUCUGCACAUGCCAUUGGUCUGCCCAGAUGGUGCAGUGGUUGCAUAUGCAUGGAAACGGCAACUUGCUGGCCAGGCUGGUGCAUCAGCUGUUGAUAGAACCAGGUUAGCUCUUAAGGCAUUCACAGAUCAGAAAAGACGUUUCUUUCCUCAUCUUGAUGAUGGAUUGGAUGGUCAAAGUGCUGAAUCAAUGCCAAAGAGACAUUGCAGUUCCCAAGUACUAUCAGCAGCUCUUCAAGAAGAUCUUAGUGAUUGCAAAACAUUAUCGGACAUUCUAGUACGUGUGGAGAAAGAAAUGCCUAAUUUGAAAGUUUUCACUUAUGAACGACUCGAUUGGUUGAAAAGAGCUUCUUCACUGCCAACUUCAGCAAAUGAGAAUCCUAUGGAAACAUCAAAAGAGCAUACUUUUCAUACUUUAAAUAAACUAAGAACAGGAUCGCAGGGCUCAUCUACCUCUGAUAAGGUUGCUGUAAUUGAAUUGUUGUUUCCCUCUGUCUUCAGAGCUAUUGUAUCAUUGCAUCCAGCUGGUUCUAUUGACCCAGAUGCCGUAGCUUUCUUUUCACCAGAUGAGGGAGGCAGCUAUAUACAUGCAAGAGGUUUUUCAGUUUAUCAUGUAUUUAGACAAACCACGGAGCAUGCUACAAUGGCUUUGCAACAUUUUCUUGGUAUUGGGACUGAAACAGCAUUGUACUUUCUUUUGCAUUGGAUUUGCAGCUAUCAAACACUAUUUACCAAAGUUUGCAGUAAGUGUGGGCGGUUAUUGGCAAUGGACCGAGAAUCAUCAGUAUUGCUACCUCCAGUUCAUCGGCCUUAUCGGCAUUUUUCUCCUUUGAAAGUUUCGACAACCCCUCCUAUUUCCUCUACCAAGGACCAGACACCAGGAGCUUAUCACAUUGGUUGCUUCUCAGAGGACAUGUCGUUUCCCAAAGGAUUGACAGGAAAGGUUAAGCAAGAGUGAAAUUUUUCGGGUAAGAUUUCCAGUUCACUGAAGAAUAGCAGAAAUAUGUAUUUCACUUAGAUGUAGGGGCUAAUAUCAAUUUGGAUUUGAAGAUCCGUGGCACUGACCCAAAAAAGAAAAGAAAAGAAUGUUGCUGUAGUUUGCGUCAUAAUUAUAAUUCAAUGCACUUUGACAACUUUUAGAUACGAGUGUGAAUGUGUGAUUACAGAAUCAUUGUAUAGAUUUAACCGUAGAAUGAUUCGUAUUAAAUGCUAUUUGACCGUGUGAUUUACGAGUCCUUGUAUUGUAUAGGUUUACCCGUAGAAUGAUAUGUACUCCGUUCAUUUUGAAGACAUAUUUUAAAAACCGACAUUGCACAAAGAUUGGUUUGCUUAACUGUUA